UCCGCUUAAAACACCGCCUUAUUCGAUAAACAACCCUCUUCGUUCCUAGCGAGAGAGAGCCCGCAGCGAAGAUCAAAUCAAAGCAUUGUUCCGUCAUCAUCGUGAGAAAAACUAGGGCAGGGAAUUUGUGAGGUUUUGGAUGGUGUGAGACUGCUACACGGAAUUCUGAAUCGGGGUUGAUGGCGUGCCCGGAGAAGGUGCUUGAAGUGAAUAUUAUGGAGGUUGGGUACUUGCUUUUGCGCCCGCCCGCCUCCGUGAAGGAUCUCCUUGCCCUUCUUGAUCGAGCUGAGUCUCUGUUGUCAAGAGUGGAGCAAUCACCUUCCCCAACAAUGUCAGCUUCUAUUUUUUCUGCAACAAAAGCAUUGGUUUCUAAAGGAAUUUUCAGACAUCAAGAUAAGGAUAUCAGACUUGGCGCAACAUCUUGUAUUAGUGAAAUCACAAGAAUAACAGCACCGGACACCCCGUAUGAUGAUGAUUUGAUGAAGGAGGUCUUUCAAAGGAUUGUUGAAGCCUUUGAAAAGUUGGAUGACAUGACUAGUGAGUCAUACCCAAGGAGGGUAUCUAUACUUGAAACUGUUGCUAAGGUUCGGUCCUGUGUGGUGAUGUUGGAUCUUGAGUGUGACGAAUUAAUUCUACAGAUGUUUCAUCAUUUCCUGAGGAUCAUAGGGUCUAAUGAUUCAGAAAACGUUUUUUCCUCAAUGGAAACUAUCAUGACUCUUGUAAUAGAAGAGAGUGAAGAUAUACCCUCUGGGCUUCUCUCAUGUCUCUUAGCUCCAGUGAAGGAAGAUAAUAAGGAUGUUUUGCCAGCUGCACGCAGAUUAGCAGAGAAAGUUUUUAUCAACUGUGGCACAAAAUUGAGGCCAUACUUGCUGGAUGCAGUCAAUUUGGCUGGCGGUUGUUUGUCUGAUUAUUCUGAUAUUGUUGCUUCGGUAUGCCAUGAAAGGUCUGAAGCUUUGGAUCAUGAUGAUUUAGUAGAUUCUAGAUCACAUUUGGUUUCUGGAAUUCUGGAACCAGAAGCUGGAUAUCCCAAAGGGGUUGACAAGUCAAAAAACUUGGUGAUGAGCAACAGAGCUGUUCUGCUUGGUAAUGGUGAUUCCACAGUGGAAGCUACUUCUCAAGAACAAAUGGCUGACAAGUUGAAGUCAGAGGCUGUAAAAGUGGAUAAUACCUCAGAUUGCAAUACCAAGAAUUCAAGGAAUCAUAAAAGAAGUUUUUCAGCUCAGUUGACUGAGGAGGCUGAUGAUUCCCAAAUAGACAGUGAUAAUAUGGUGCCUAAUAGGAGAAGAGGCCAAGAUAAAGAAAUUGGUAGUUUGUCUUCUGGUAGUCCAUCUAUUAAAGAAGCAGACCCUUCAACAUGUUCUGAGCAUGGUGAAGCUCAGCCUCCCAUGCAUUCAGAAAAUGGAGGUGCACUUGUUACUUCACUGAAAACUAAUGGGGAUCUUCCUGAGGCAGGUCGUCCGAGAAGGAGCAGGCAUUCUGGUUUAAAGACUCAAGUGAGAAAAAAUGGUAUGGCUGUAAUGGGUUCAUCAAAAGGUGAUUCUCGGAAUGAUGGAAGGCUGGAUGAGGGGGUGGUCUCUCCCAAGACUGAUGUCAACAGCGCUGGUGACUCUGAAGUGAAAUUACGAAGGCGUUCUGGCAAAAAAUUGCAUGUGGACAAUUCUGAUGAUGGCGGAAUCCUUGCAAUAGAUAAUCUCUCAAAGAAUGAUGGUGAUUUUAGCAAUGUGGCAGCAGAAGACACAAAGCGGAAUGGUAAAAAAGGAGGUCGAAGAAGGCCAGGUUUGGAUGAUUUAUCAGGAAAACGGAAGUCUAACAUCGUACCUCAGAAGAGAAAAACUUCACUUGGAAUGAAUGAACCUGUAGAACAUAGUUUGAAGGAAAUGGGUCGCUCACACAAAGCUGCAAUCAAAGUGCCAAGUAAAGAUCAUAGUCAUUUGGAUGAGAGUGCCAAAGACAAAAUCUCGUAGAAAGCGUUCCCGCCGUGCAAGAGAGGAGACACCUGAAAUUGAAGAUGACAAGGAACAGCUUGAUGAGAGAGUAGUUGGUUCCAAGAUUAAAGUCUGGUGGCCAGAAGACAAGUUGUUUUAUGAAGGUAAGAUUGAUGCUUUUGAUCCUGCCACAAAGGAACAUAAGGUAUGAUGGUUUUGAACAAAGGAACAUACAGGUUCUGCCUUGACCAUUGCUUUUUUUUUUUUCUGUAGUUUUAGAAUGGUGAGUUGAAUGUUAUUUUUCCAAGAUGUCUCUGUGAUCUCUUUAUGGUU